AUAAGCACCGGUAUGCCCACCGAAACGUCACCAUAUUUCAGCAUUCAGUCUUCGGUGCUCUUCUUCCUCUCUACUACACGAUACCCGUCUGACGCGUCGUCUCGCACCACCGCCGUCAUCACCCACCCCCGCGAUCACUGUUCUCCGAGUAUGGAUUUGAUAGUGCGACAGAUACUGCUCGCCCUGAUGGCGAGCAUCAGCAUCGUGCAGUGCGAGCCACCCCUCAGCAAUCAGUACGGCGUCCCCGGAAAUUACGCAGGUGGAAAUCAUCAUGGGGCACAAGGUGGUGGGAACGGAUUCGGGGGCCAUUAUGAUGGGCAUGAUAAUCAAGAUUACGCAGAUAAUGAGCCCAAGAGCUACGAGUUCGGCUAUUCCGUGAAGGACGACGCUACCGGGAAUGACUUCGGCAGACGCGAGACGAGCGAUGGCGAGACCGUUCGUGGCGAAUACAGAGUACAAUUACCGGACGGUAGGACGCAGAUUGUCACCUACACCGCCGACUGGAGGACCGGUUUCCACGCGGACGUGAGGUACGAGGGUACCGCGAGCUAUCCGGAUCAAUACAACACGCAGGGCAACGGAUACAACGCUGGUCAGGGUUUCGGCUACCCGGGGGGGAACCAAUUGGGUAGCGGUGGAAGCGGUGGAAACGGCGGAUACACCGGAGCAGGUAGCACCCAGGGUGGUUACAAUUACCAAUCAAACGGUGGACAGUACGCAAAUAGCGCCAACAACUACAACUAUCAAGCCGGCUCCAAUUCUGUAGAUAGCUAUAACAAUUUCGGUGCGAGGAAUACUUACUCGGGGAUACCGUCGCCCACUUACGGUCCUGCCUUUCAUUAGAAUAUAUAUAUAAGACAGUAUUAUCAUAGGAUUAUCGAUUUUGCGCUUGAGAAUGUAAUCUUUUUUUUUUUUUAAUAAAGACACUUUUUCUUAAAGAUUUCUCCACUGUGUAUACAAUACAUUAGACCUUUAUAGAAAUAGUUAAUGUGUUAUGUUUAACAAGAGAGAAAGAGAGAAAACUGCGUUUUCAUAUUCAAUUUCUUUCUCGAAUCAAUUUUUAAUGUACCUUUCUGCUUUGCUUUUAUUAAUCUUCGGCGAGUUAAUUAUUUGCUUACGAUAAAAAAUCAUGGCGACAGAUAUACAUACGUGAUCAAAACAACAUUGCAACAUUAAAUUAAUGAUAUAUUACAUUUCCGUUAUAAUUAUACAGUUGAUGGGGAAGCAUUUUGAUUAUUCAAUUCUCAUGCAACUCAUGCAUUAUAUUCGCCGUGUGUAUAUCGUAGAUAAUCUCAGAGAAUAGAUAUUCAACUCGUGCCAUAUUUGUCUUACGUUUCUCUCGUAUAAGGGAGAUGAGAUAAAAUUCUUUCAAACAGUCAUAUGUACUUGAAUCUUUGUUUCUCUCUCGCGCAGAUAGUCCCGUUUGUGAAAGAGACUCGUGUACGUUUGUCAAAUUUAAUGAAACAUUUUCUAAAAAUAUAAAAUAUAGUGAUAACUUAUUUAAUUGUUGUCAUUUUA